UUUAAAUUUUUUUUUUUUAACAUAUUCAAAUUCCCCAGAAAAAGUAUCAAACCAGAAAGCAAAAACCCAGCGAUUUGAUUAAGGAAAAAACAUAAUGCCGGUUGUUAAGGAAUCACGCCAAGUUGUUCGGAAGUUUCUUGCAAGGCCGCAGCAUGAAGGCGUUGGAGCGGUUGUCAGAAGAAGCAUUGGAAGGUUUGAGUUGAAAUACUUCGACCCUUUCCUGGUUUUGGAUGAAUUCUCAGUUUCUGCUCCUGCUGGUUUCCCCGAUCACCCACACAGAGGAUUUGAAACUGUCACAUAUAUGUUACAGGGAGCUGUAACACAUGAAGAUUUUGAGGGACAUAAAGGCACAAUAGAAGCAGGUGACCUGCAAUGGAUGACUGCUGGAAGGGGAAUAGUCCAUUCAGAAAUGCCUGCUGCUCAGGGAACUCAAAAGGGCUUACAAUUGUGGAUCAACCUCUCCUCCAAACAUAAAAUGAUAGAGCCAAGGUAUCAAGAAAUCACAAGGGAGGAGAUAGCAGAAGGGGAAAGAGAUGGGAUAAAGGUGAGAGUGAUAGCAGGGGAGGCAUUGGGAGUAAAGUCCCCAAUAUACACAAGAACCCCAACAAUGUACCUAGACUUCACACUCAACCCAGGGGCCAAUCUCCAGCAGCCAAUCCCAAGAACAUACAAUGCCUUUGUGUACGUGUUGGAAGGCGAAGGCGUUUUCGCAGACUCCCCGGGCCCAAGAUCGUCUCCCCCCACCUCAGCCCACCAUCUGCUGCUGCUGGGGGGCUCUGGGGAUGGCCUGCUGGCAUGCAACAAGUCACCAAAGCCUCUCAGGUUCAUCCUGGUGGGUGGUGAGCCACUGGGGGAGCCGGUGGCUCAGUUGGGGCCGUUCGUGAUGAACACUCAGGAGGAGAUUGAUCGGACGGUGGAGGAUUAUGAGAACUGCACUAAUGGGUUUGAGAAAGCCAAGCACUGGAGAUCUGAUGCUGCUGUUGAGUUGGGUUAUUAGGGCCUCUCUCAGUCUCUCUUUUCCCUCCCUUUAUUAUUCUUUCAUUUUUGGUUUUUGCUGUUUCUGUUUUCUAAAUGUUAGAUGAAUCUGCCAAGCUCUUUAGAUGUAUCUGCUUAUAGUUUUUAAUGAAGGUUACAGGUUCAGGUUUUGAAUCUUCAUAAAAUGUUACAGAAAUUUGGACUAGUGUUGUUGUGAUAGAAAAGUUGUAUCUUUGACCUUAGGGAUGGCAGCAGAGUAAUAAAAUCGAGAAAAUGGA